AUGGAGAAACUUAAAGAGGAGCUCUUGAAUACUCUGGAAAAAUUAAGUAAAAAACAGUUUAAGAGAUUCAAGUGGUACCUGAAGCAGGAUGGCGUCCUGGUGGGCUUUAAAGGCAUCCCAGUGGCUCAGCUGGAGAAAGCAGGAAGGGAGGACACAGUGGAUCUAAUGGUACAGAAACAUCAGGAUCAUGGAGCUCUGCAGCUGACCAUGAAGGUUUUAGAAAAGAUGGGCAGGAAGGAUCUGGUGCAGCGUUUACAAAAAAAAGCAAAAGCAGAAACUGGUCUGCAGGAUGUUUCAGAAUAUAAGAAAAGUCUGAGGAUGAGAAUUCAACAUGUUACUGAAGGAACUGAUGAAUCAGGAAGACCCCUCCUCAACACGAUCUACACUGAGCUCUACAUCACAGACGGAACAAAUAAAGAGACCCGCCAUGACACUCCAAUCAAGUGUCACGACAUCUUUAAAGUGUUACCUAACCAACCAAAACACAUCAUCAAAGUCGUUAUGACGAACGGUGUUGCUGGCGUUGGAAAAACCUUCUCAGUGCAGAAGUUCACUCUGGACUGGGCAGAGGGCUCGGAAAACCAAGAUGUCAGUCUGUCUUCUGCUGGAUCACUGGUACAGUUCUGA